UCCCUUCCAGCUGACUCAAGGCUUCGCUACCGGGACCGAGAGGGAAGAUCCCCCGAUCCCGGACCUGAGAUGACGCAGUGCGGCCUCCUGACCGGCUUCAACAAGCUGGUGCCCCUGCUCAGCGGCUCGGUGACGGUGCUGAUCCGAGGCUUUGUUGCGGACGUGGGCUGCGAGCUGCUCUACAGGAACGAGGAGCCGGGGCCCGUGGAGGCCGUGUUCGUGUUCCCUGUGGAUGCCGAGGUGGCCGUCUACGCCUUCCAGGCCCGCCUGGGGGGCACCUGCAUCCAGGCCCAGCUCUGCGAGAAGAAACAGGCACAAGAGCUGUACGGGGAUGCGCUGGCCGGGGGGCAGAGCUCGUUCCUGCUGCAGCAGGAGGGGACCGGGGGCGACGUUUUCAGCUGCUCCCUGGGUAACCUGCCCCCUGGGGAGGAGGUGGCGCUGACCCUGCGCUACGUCUGUGAGCUGCCGCUGGAGCCCGAUGGAGCCUCCCGCUACAUGCUGCCAGCCGUGCUGCGCCCCCGCUACACACCCCAUGGGUGGGACGGGGAGGACGUCACCCAGGGGGUCCCGCAAGUCCCCCAGGGGGAGCUGCCCUACACCCUGAACCUGAGCGUCACGCUGCAGUCGCCCCACGGCAUCGACCGCGUGCUCUCCAACUGCCCCCUCAGCCCCCUGACCUAUACGGCCGGGAACCGGACCACCGCCCAGGUGUCACUAUCCGAGGCCCCCCCGUGGGACCGGGACGUGGAGCUGCUGGUGUAUUACGCGGAGCCGCACAAACCCAGCGCGGUGCUGGAGGCUGGACUGCCCGGAGUGGAGCCAGGCUCCCUGAUGGGCGACCCAGCCGUGAUGGUGACCCUGCUGCCCAGCCUGCCCGAGGUGGUGCCAGGCCAGAGCUCGUCCGGGGAGUUCAUCUUCCUGCUGGACCACUCCGGCAGCAUGGCGUGCCCCAUGGACAGACUAGACCACUCCCGCCAGCGCAUUGACAGCGCCAAGAAGACCCUGGUCCUGCUGUUGAAGAGUUUGCCCCUGGGCUGUUAUUUCAACAUCUACGGCUUUGGGUCUUGGUUCGAGUCCUUCUACCCGCAGAGCGUGGGAUACACCCAACAGACCAUGGCCGAGUCCCUGCAGCACGUCCAGCAGCUCCAGGCCAACAUGGGGGGCACCGAGAUCUUGGCGCCGCUACGAGCCAUUUCCCGCAGCCCCUGCCUGGAUGGGCACCCGCGCCAGCUGUUCGUGUUCACGGACGGGGAGGUGGGGAACACUCAGGACAUCAUCACCGAGGUGCAGCGUCACCAGGGGGCCCACAGGUGCUUCUCCUUCGGCAUCGGGGAAGGGGCCUCCACAGCUCUGAUCAAAGGCAUCGCCUGGGCAGCAGGGGGCAGUGCCGAGUUCAUCACAGGCCAGGACCGCAUGCAGCCCAAGGCCCUGCAGUCUCUGAAGCGGGCCCUGCAGCCGGCCAUGACUGGGAUCUCGCUGAGCUGGGAUCUGCCACCCGGGAUGGAGGCGGCGCUGCUGGGCCGGGGUCCUGAGGUGAUCUUCCCUGGGCAGCGGUGCCUCAUCUACGCCCAGCUCCACGGGCAGCCCCAGCCCCCAGACACUGCCAUGGGGGGCGUCACCCUGCAGUACCGCAUCCAGGACCAGACCUACAAGGAGACGCUGCAGUUCCCCCUGCAGCCACAGGAUGGAGACAGGCUGCCCAUUCACCGGCUGGCAGCCAAGUCGCUGCUGCUGGAGCUGGAGGGGGCAGUGGACACCGGGUCGGAGGGGGACCAGCGCCGGGUGCUGGAGACCAGCCUGAGCUCGGGGGUCGUCUGCUCCCUCACGGCCUAUGUUGGGGUGGUCACAGAGCGGACGCAGCCGGUGCAGGGGCCGCUGGUGAGACGGGACAUCCUGCUCACAGAGUUUGAUUUGAUGGCAGGACAUUUGCCGUACGUUUUCCCUUGCCUGGACGAAGACAACCAACGCUCCUUCACCUUGCGCGAUGUGGUGGUUGUGGAGCACGUGAACCACUGCGUAAAGCGGCGCCCCCCUCGGAGGUGCCUGUUCUGGCUCUGCUGCCUCCCAGAGUUCAUCCGGGGGAGCCUCCGACGCGAAGGCAGGAAGUCCUGCAGACAUGGUGCCCCGCCGGAGACUGUGCCCCAGAAAGAGCGGGCACCGGAGGAGUCUCCCUUGCUGAGGCUGGUGUCUCUUCAGAAUGCUGAUGGCUCGUGGGACCUGGACCCCCGGCUGGCUGCCGCACUGGGGGUGACCGAGACCCAUGCCAGGGGGAGGAUGCCCAUUGAGGAUGUGGCCCCCGGCGUUUGGGCCAUGGUGCUGGCUGUGGUCUGGCUGCACGGCCGGGCCGCAGGGCAGCGCGAUGAGUGGGAGCUGCUGGAGGCCAAGGCUGUGGUCUGGGUGCGGGGCCGAGCAGGGCCCCGGCUGAGCGAAUGCCUGGAAGCUGCCAACACUCUGCUGGGGUGCACCGUUGGCCCUGCCGUCUUUGGGCUCUGAGCCCCAUUCCCACCCCCGAAGCUACCCUGGGCCUCCAACUGGGAAGCCCCAAGGGCCAGCAGGGGGCACUGGGUGUAAACCCACCUGGCCGGCCUGUGCCCAGCCUGGAGUUAACCCCCCGCUGAGAUCCCACCUCUGCCACCAAUUUGGAUGCAUCCGGCUCCUGCUGGCUGAAGAGGCGCCAUGGCUGCCCCCCGGCUCCACCCCACGCUGACUCAGUGUUCAGUAACCCCCACGCCGCUCACAGCUGCCACCUCCUCUCAGGAUUGUGGUGGGGAGUCCUCUGGAUCGCCGGUGUCAAUGUCGCACAUUUAUUCGCUUUUUCCAAAUGACCCUCUAUUAACAGCCCCUGCGCCCCACCCCAUAGGUGGCUGCACUGACCUCGCCCUGCAUGAGCCAUCGAGUGUAAACCUAGGCCCAUCUGCACGGAGUUCAGCUAUUGGACAGACAGACUGACAGGAUCUUUGCGUGUCCAAACACAACUUCAUUUGGUCAUAAUGGCAGAUAUCUCUGCGAUAGACAGUCUGGAACGGGAACCGUAGCCCAGGGCUUUGCAUGCAUUAUUAGAGCUGCUCAGACGUUUUCCAGCUGAACACUAUUCAGUUGGCAGCUGGGAUUCAGUGGGGAAGGCUGACAGGUGGAAGUGGGCAGCAGAUAGAGGAUGCUUGCCACGUGCUGUGUGUUGUGAAUCUGUCCCCAUUCACCAGCUGCUGAAUUCUCUACCAAAGGAAGAAAUGCUUAAAACCUGGCCAUCCAACCUGACUGCCCACCUUGGGCAGCGUUGGGCUCUUCUCAGGAUGUCCUGGGGCUCAAGCAAACACUGGAAGACCUCAGCUCUUUAAUUCCCCGGGGAGAAAGCAUUAUGUUUAUCAAGGAACUGCACGAAAAUAGCAAAGAAGCAAACAGUUUUCCCUCUU